AUGCUGUUCAGACGCUCUGCGAGAAAGAUGCGGUGGCUGGGGUGCUUUAGGCUUGGACCCAUGUGGAAAGCACUCCUGGUGUUUGUGGUCAUUGCCUUUGCUGGCCAGCUCCUUGCAGUCCUCUUUAAUAAAAGCUGGGUGCAGCAGGAGCGGCCUCGCUCUCUGUUCUCUCUCUCAGAGAACAACCUGGGGUCUUCUCUGGGUUCUUGCCGGCCCCACAGUCAUGUCAUGUUCCUGAAGACCCACAAGACAGCAAGUAGCACCAUUCUCAACAUGCUCUACCGCUUUGGUGAGGAGCAUGGCCUACAGUUUGCCCUGCCUGUGGGUUACCAGUUUGGUUAUCCACUCCCCUUUAUAGCCCAAAGGGUCAAAGGAUACAAGGGUGCCCAUGUGGCUGAGUUUGACAUAAUGGGAAAUCAUAUGCGCUUCAACAAGGCAGAGGUGGAGAAAGUCAUGCCUGCUGACACAUUCUAUUUCUCCAUUUUACGAGACCCUGUGGCAUUAACUGAGUCCUCUUAUGCAUACUACAAAAAUGUUGCACCUGCCUUUCGACAUGCAAAAGGACUGGGUGAUUUUGCAGAUAACCCAUAUAAAUAUUAUGAACCCAGACUUCGCAACAAUCACUACGCUCGCAACCUGCUGUGGUAUGACUUUGGGCUAGAUCAUAAUGCCAACUUCUCUUUGCCUCUUGCAAAACAUGGUGAAGCAGUUGUACGACGCAACUUUAAACUCAUCCUUUUGUCUGAGUACUUUGACCAGUCUAUGGUGCUGCUCCGUCAUGCUCUUUGCUGGCCGCUGGAUGCCGUUGUCUCAUUUAGCCUGAAUGCCAGGCAGCAGAUGCCCAAGGGCAGGUCCAGCUGGGUGGGAAGGGCUGCUGUUCCAGCAUAUUUGUUGCUGACUGAAGAGCAACGACAGAAGCUGCGUGAGUGGAAUGCACUGGACUGGCAUUUGUAUCAAACCUUUAACCAUACUUUCUGGGGAGAAGUGGAACGUUUCGGCUGGGCCAGAAUGGAGGCUGAGGUGGCCUUAUUAAGGAGCAGACGAGAGGCUUUGGCCCGAGUGUGUCUACGUGAUGGCGGUCGGCAAGUGGAGGCCAACCGUAUUCGGGACAGGGCCAUUCGUCCCUUUCAGAGUGGUUUGGUGAAGAUAUUGGGUUAUGAGCUUCAGUCUGGACUGGACAAUGCCACGAGACAAGCCUGUCUACGCAUGAUCAGACCAGAAAUACAGUACAAGGACAUAUUGGAUCUUUGGCAGUUUCCACGUCCACAACAACCUCAAGUUGCUGCAGGUGAGGUUGUUGUUAGAAAAGACUCAUCUCCUAACAGGACUGGAGAGCAUAAAGGGAAGGCAUUGGAGAAGGAUUUUGGAACCGUACUGGUACAUAAUCAGUCUAUAGGGCAUGUGGACAUUAAGGAAAAGCUGAGAUAG